CGCUCUUAUCACCGGUACGGUUACACUCAUUUACACUCAAUUAUAAACGAGCGUUAUUGCCACAGAUUUCGUACAAGUACAUCGCGUUAUUACAGUCUAUUGCUCAAUGUAGUCAGGUACUCUGUUUCACGUUCACUUCACAAUAUUGAAUAACAAAUAUUCGCAUUUGACGUCUGCACUCCGUAGGACGUGGGUGCUCGUUGUCGGCCGUUUACCAAACACGCGAAUCUAACAGUUUCACUUACAGUGUCAUCAUGCGUCUGAACUCUGUCGUCCCGGAUUUCUCGGGCCCGUCUACCAAAGGGCCAAUCGAUUUCUAUAAUUGGCUCGGCGAUUCGUAAGCAAUUUACUGAAUUUUAAACGUUUAAAACGGUUAUUUUUUGUUAUUAUUAUUAAUUUUUUUUUUUUUUUUUCGACAACGUUCAAUUUCGAGCAAAACGUUACAUACCUACCUAAAUUAAAUAAUUUUAAUUAUUGAAUUAAUCAUUAACCAAAUUUUUUUCCUCCAUAGUUGGUGCGUUUUGUUUGCACAUCCUGCCGAUUUCACUCCGGUAUGCACCACCGAAUUGGGCAAAAUGGCUGUUUUAGUCGACGAAUUCACCAAGCGCAACACCAAAGUGUUAGGUUUGUCUUGUGACAAACUCGAAAGCCACGUUAAUUGGAUAAAUGUACUUGGUUCUUUGUACUAAAAUUAUACGAGCUCAACAUAAUACUUACCUGCACUUUAUGAAUUUCAGGAUAUUAAAUCGUACUGUGUGGAUAUCGAGGGGGAAUUCCCUUUUCCGAUUAUAAGCGACAGCUCGAGAGAAUUAGCUAUAAAAUUGGACAUGCUCGCCGAAGAAGACAAGAACAAUCCUGAUACGGCCAUGACUAUUCGAUCCCUUUAUAUCAUCGGUCCUGACAAGAAAGUUAAACUCAUGAUGGUCUAUCCUACAAGCACUGGCCGUAACAUACAGUAUGUCAGUUAAUUUAAAUAAAAUAAUUGUAUCGGAUAAUUGAAUAACUAUUGCAUUGUGCUAAUAAUAAUUUUUAACAAUAGAGGGUCCUACAAAUGUUUCACAACAUUUUGAACUUAUAAUGUUGAAACAAUAUUAUUAUCCCUGAACACAUUCAUAAAAUUUUAUAAAAUACACAUUAGUGUAUGUUUUUUUUCAAUUCAAUUUUGGAAUACUUUUGUUAAAUGAAUUUGCAUUGCAUAGUCUGUUAUUACAUACAUUUGAUAAUACAAAAUUCUCUUAUUCAAGUAUUACAUAUGUAUAAUUUUUUUUUUUUUAGAGAGGUUUUACGUUGCAUCGAUUCUCUUCAAUUAUGCGAUAAAAAGAAAAUUGUUGCUACACCUGUAAACUGGGUUGUAAGUGUGAACCUUGAAUCUUAAUACAUAGUAAUUACUGUGUUGAUAAAUAUAAUUUUAAACCUGUGUUUUUUUUUUUUAGCCUGGAGAAAAAGUCAUGAUCCUUCCUUCAGUCGACGACAAGGACCUCAACGCACUAUUCCCAAAUGGCCAUGAAAAAUGCUCAAUGCCUUCUUCGAUUAAUUACUUGAGAAUGACUUCUGAUUAUUAAUAUUUAUUUGUUCUUUUAAAUAUUAUUGAAUAAUUUGUUUGUUGUAUUAUUUUUUUAUUAGAAUUAUGAAAGUUACAGAUCGAAUUUACAAUAACACCAAUUAUUUUGGCAUUAACAGUUUAAUAAAAAUAUAUAAUAAUGUAACAAGUUAAAGAAGAUAGUUUUUAAAUUAUGAAUGGAUAGAGGAAUGUAUUGGUUUUACAAUUAUGUUUAUAAUUCUUAUUUUUUUUUUUUUUUUAUGUGAACACUACCAGAAGCAUACUUUGAUUAUCAAGUAUAGCACAUUUUCUUAAAGGAAAUUUUCUCUGGGGGGUUCUUUAGAGAGGUAAUUUUUGAAAUUCUUAUUAAUAUUCGAGAUAACGAGAAAAACCUCAGUCUUUAGGUUAAAAAAGAUUGAAAGAUUAAAAAUAAGGUUGUCAUUGGCAAUUGGUUUUAUUUAUUUUUUAUUAAUUUUUAUUAUUUUAAUAUUUCUUAAACAAUCUAUGUUGUCAUGGAAACACACAUUGUUGUAAUCAUUUGACCAUAAUAUAACAUAAUACUAUAUAUUUUA